AUGAGUAGAGUCAAGCAGAGGCUGGAAUAUUACGGAUUUGAUGCUAGUUAUUUUAUAGGAGAGGAGGGAUUAUUUUCCGGAAAGAUUCAUCACGAUAAGGAAAUUAGUGAUGAGAAUUUAUGUAUCGAGCUGAUGAUUUUAAUUUAUCAUUAUUUGAUGUGUUGUUUGGAGGAGGCAAAGAGAGAAUUUGGUUAUGAGGCAUUUCAUCCAUACUUUUGUUAUUUGGAGGAGAAGAUAUUCCCUGGUUUUUUUGAUUGUGCAAAACGAGUGGCAGAAAGAUCAAAUGUUGGACAAGAUAUGGAAGCAUUCGAAACUGGAGUGGAAAGUUUGGAAAAUUGGCAACAAUUUAUUUUACAAUUAUAUGUUCAAUUACAAUGUGGGAUAACUACAUCUAGAUCUAUUACUGAAUUUGGAGAGAAUGGAUGUUCUGUAAAUUCUUGUUUUCUCUUUUUCACAUUGUUGAAAUACUUUCUGGAAAAGAAGGAAAAAUUCUUGAAAGAGAACAAACAACAGGUUUGGGAAUUACCAAUGGAGAAGGAAAUUUUAUUCAAAGUUUUUGAAUAUUGGUCUCGUUACAUCACUUUUUGUGAGUGA